GGAACAUAAUGGCAAUGCAGAGUUUUUGGAUAUUUUUUGGAAUUGUAACUAUUCUUGGGGUUUUAGUGGCUCAGGUGCAGUGUAAUGAGGAGACACAGUUGAUCAACCACUUGUUCAAAAACUACAACAAGAAUAUUCGCCCGACAGCUCAUCCUGAAGACAAGGUGGAGGUUCAGAUCAAGAUGACCCUCACUAACCUCAUCUCUCUGAAUGAAAAGGAGGAGACUCUUACGACCAGUGUGUGGAUUGAAAUACAAUGGGUGGAUUAUCGCCUUGCUUGGAACAUGUCUGAAUAUUAUGGCCUUAGUAUUAUUCGUGUUCCUUGUAAGACUGUUUGGCUUCCUGACAUCGUCCUUGAGAACAACAUUGAUGGCAAGUUUGAAGUGGCUUACUAUGCCAAUGUAUUGAUCAGCUACACUGGUUGGAUGUACUGGCUACCCCCUUGUAUCUACCGCAGCACUUGUUCCAUUGAGAUUACUUACUUCCCAUUUGAUUAUCAAAACUGCACACUAGCAUUCAGAUCCCAGACAUACAGUUUCAAUGAAGUGGAACUUGUCUUGGCCACUGGAGAUACAAACAAGAUUGAGUGGGUGGAAAUUGACCCUGCGGCUUUCACAGAGAAUGGCGAGUGGGCAAUCAUCCAUCGUCCAGCCAGGAAAAUGAUCAACCCAAACUAUUCCCCAGAUGACCUGGAGUAUCAGGAAAUCCUGUUCAAUAUUAUCAUCCAAAGGAAGCCCCUGUUCUACAUCAUCAACAUCAUCCUGCCAUGCUCCCUCAUCUCCUCUCUGGUCAUAUUGGCCUACUUUCUACCUGCACAAGCUGGGGGACAGAAGUUGACAGUGUCCAUCUCUGUCUUGCUGGCUCAGACUGUCUUCCUCUUUCUAAUUGCUCAAAAGAUCCCCGAGACAUCUCUUUCUGUCCCCCUCAUUGGCAAGUACUUGAUUUUUGUCAUGUCUGUCACUACUCUCAUUGCUACUAAUCAAAUUGUGGUGCUGAACUUCUCCCUGCGCAGACCCAGCACUCACACCAUGUCCCAUACUAUCAAGCAUCUGUUCUUAGAGAUGAUACCUCGCUUCUUGGGCAUGUCCCCACUGGUGGAUGACAGUGAGGCGACAACAGAAGUAAAUGGGGUAAGGGAGCGGCGGCGCAGCUCAUUCGGCCUCAUGCAGAGAGCAGAGGAGUAUGUACUAAAGCAGCCCCGCAGUGAAAUGCUGUUUGACAAACAAAGAGAGAGGCAUGGUCUCACACGAUCAAUUGUGGAUACUAUAGAUGUCAGCAGCACAGCCAAUCUGUAUAAGAGUUUAGCCCAAGCUGCACCUGAGAUCAAGCAGUGUGUGGAUGCCUGCAACUUCAUUGCUGAGAGUACGAGACAACAAAAUAACAUUGGAUCUGAAAUUGAAAGCUGGGUAUUGAUUGGGAAGAUGAUAGACAAGGUGUGUUUUUGGGUUGCCAUUCUUCUCUUCAUUAUUGGCACUGUGGGGAUCUUCCUAACAGGACACUUCAACCAGGUGCCAGAAUAUCCAUUUCCUGGGCAUAACAAAAAAUAUGCCCCAGUUUAAAAAAAGACAUUCAUUUGCGCUGUAGAAACUUUUGCAGGGGUCACUGUAACUCAUACUGUCUAUAUGGCUGAGCAGCCUUGUUCAUUGACUCCCAGGCUUAGAUUCAGGGUUGAGUUAGGUCUGUGCAGCCUUCAUAACAAAGAUUUAAUGCCAAGCCUGUCUGUGUUUAUAUUCACAGCUCAGGCUUAUCUUUGUAAAUACUUAUCUGUCAGCUGAGGGGCUUCAUUCAAACAUGCAACUUAAUUCUAAGUUCUUGAUCUUAGAAUGAGCUCUUUGGAUGUACACAUCCAGUGGGUGGAUCGACCUACGUAUAAAAGUGAUGAUUCCAAGCAUCAUCAUCACCACAGUCAUCGUUAUUAUAAAAAUCAUACCAAAUAUAGCUAUUAU